UUGUCUAUCUAUUAUCUCGAUGUAACUUUUACGAUUCAUGAUUGUUUCUUUACUUUUGGAUUGUUCUGAUUUGUUUUUUUGUGUUUUCCGAUAGAUUUGGUUUCAACUUUGUUGAGUUGAUUUGGAAGUUUUGAUUUUUCGUUACUUCAAGAUCGUUUUUUUUGCUGUGGAAGUGCUUUCGUUUUUGUUCUCUUUAUUAGAUUCUGAGCUGCUGAUGAUGACGAUUAUUAAAUUUAGGAUCUACACAUCUGUAGAUUUGUUGAUGGGUUUGUAGAUUUUGUUACGGCUAGGUUAGUCUCUCAAUAGAAUGAAAUGAAUCGUCUUCAAAGCUCAGAUGUUCUUGUCUUAACACUCACUUGGUUUUGUCUGAUUGAAUGUUUUUUUUUGUAAUUUGGAGAAAUAGGUUGAGUGGUGUCUAUGUUUAAUAGAUAACCAUAUGUGCCUUUAUACAUUUUCUCCGCACAUCAUCUGAGGCAGAUAUUAAUGCUUGUUUUCCUCUCUUUAUGGACUUCGACAUGGCAGGAUCUGCACCAGAAGGCACACAGUUUGAUGCACGUCAGUUUGACCAGAAACUCAAUGAAGUACUUGAGGGACAAGAUGAGUUCUUCACAUCCUAUGAUGAUGUUCAUGAGAGCUUUGAUGCCAUGGGUCUUCAAGAGAACCUUCUCAGGGGUAUUUAUGCUUAUGGUUUUGAGAAGCCUUCUGCUAUUCAGCAAAGAGGAAUCGUCCCCUUCUGUAAGGGUCUUGAUGUGAUUCAACAGGCUCAGUCUGGUACUGGGAAAACAGCAACUUUCUGCUCUGGUGUCUUGCAGCAGCUGGACUUCUCCCUUAUCCAGUGUCAGGCUUUGGUUCUAGCUCCAACUAGAGAGCUUGCUCAGCAAAUUGAGAAGGUCAUGAGGGCCCUUGGUGAUUACCUUGGUGUCAAGGUUCACGCCUGUGUUGGUGGAACCAGUGUCCGUGAGGAUCAGCGCAUCCUCCAAGCUGGUGUCCAUGUUGUUGUUGGAACUCCAGGGCGUGUCUUUGACAUGUUGAAGAGGCAGUCUCUUCGUGCUGACAACAUCAAGAUGUUUGUUCUCGAUGAAGCUGAUGAAAUGCUCUCCCGUGGUUUCAAGGACCAGAUCUAUGACAUAUUCCAGCUUCUUCCACCAAAGAUCCAAGUUGGUGUGUUCUCCGCAACAAUGCCACCAGAAGCUCUUGAGAUCACAAGGAAGUUCAUGAGCAAGCCAGUGAGAAUCUUGGUGAAGCGUGAUGAGCUUACCCUUGAAGGUAUCAAGCAGUUCUACGUCAACGUUGAGAAAGAAGAGUGGAAGCUCGAGACACUCUGUGAUCUCUACGAGACUCUUGCCAUCACUCAGAGUGUCAUCUUCGUGAACACCAGGCGUAAGGUUGAUUGGCUCACAGACAAAAUGAGAAGCCGUGACCACACAGUCUCUGCAACUCACGGAGACAUGGACCAGAACACCAGGGACAUCAUCAUGAGAGAGUUCAGGUCUGGUUCCUCCCGUGUUCUCAUCACCACUGACCUCUUAGCUCGUGGUAUUGAUGUCCAACAAGUCUCCCUGGUUAUCAACUUCGAUCUCCCAACUCAGCCAGAGAACUACCUUCACCGUAUCGGAAGAAGUGGAAGGUUCGGGAGAAAGGGUGUUGCGAUCAAUUUCGUGACCCGUGAUGAUGAGAGGAUGCUCUGCCUUCGAACGUGGCCGAUCUGCUGUGAAGGGAGAAAAGAAGUCGGUUCUGUUGCUGUGUUUGCUCUGCCGUACUAGUAUCACCGGAGAAGAAAGGUUUUCUUGUUUUGCAAGGCACUCUUUGAUCUGAUUUUGACCCGUCGUCUAUCAGCGAUUUACAUUUCUUAAAUUUUCUUAGUUGUUGUUCUCUCCUCUCUCUCCCAGCUACGAACAUAUCUCUCUCUUCUUGACCAUUUUUAAGUUUAAGUCAUAUGGAGUAUUUAUUUCUUCACUAUUUUAAUAUUCGGCUUUGUUGUUUGUCUUUGAUUUUUGUAUCAAUCAAAUCUUUUCAUCAAAGUUUGGUUUUAAGCUUUUUCAAAUCUAUAUCUCAGCAUUAAACUUAUUUUAUAUGUUUAUGUCAAACUGGUU